UUAUUCUGAAGUUCACUGUUAAAGAUUAAACACUAGGAACUAGAGAUAUUUAUUUUUCUAAAAUAAUUUUUUGAACUCUUUUUUUACGGGAGAAAAAACUGGAAUUGGGCACUUUUGAUUUUCAAUUGGGUCUAUAAGUAAAUUUCUAAAAAAAUCAUAUUAGUUCAAAUUUAAAGUCAAACACCUGACCGAAUUGAACAGUCUUGUUUGAUAUUUUGCCGGAAACAGUCGUUAGUUUUAUUGUUAUUUCUUUAUUAUUAUUUAAAUAACAUGAGGGAAGUAAUAUCAGUGCAUGCUGGGCAAGCAGGAGUACAGAUCGGAAACGCCUGUUGGGAAUUGUACUGUCUCGAGCAUGGUAUUCAACCAGAUGGUCAGAUGCCUUCGGACAAAACUGUCGGAGGUGGAGAUGACAGUUUCAACACGUUCUUCAGCGAGACAGGCGCCGGAAAACACGUACCAAGAGCCAUAUUUGUCGACUUGGAGCCUACAGUAAUCGAUGAGGUACGAACGGGAACUUACAGACAAUUGUUUCACCCCGAGCAGCUGAUCACAGGCAAAGAGGACGCAGCCAACAACUACGCCAGAGGACAUUACACCGUUGGAAAAGAAAUCAUCGACUUGGUGUUGGACAGGAUCCGUAAACUAGCUGAUCAAUGCAGUGGAUUGCAAGGAUUUCUUAUUUUUCACUCUUUCGGCGGGGGUACCGGAAGUGGAUUUGUUUCACUCCUGAUGGAAAGAUUGUCUGUAGAUUAUGGCAAGAAGAGUAAACUUGAAUAUGCUAUUUAUCCUGCACCCCAAAUUUCCACCGCCGUCGUUGAACCUUACAAUUCGAUUUUGACCACCCACACCACUCUGGAACAUUCCGACUGUGCCUUCAUGGUAGACAACGAAGCUAUUUACGACAUUUGCCGACGAAACCUAGACAUUGAAAGACCAACGUACACAAACUUGAACAGAUUGAUUGGACAAAUCGUUUCCUCCAUUACGGCUUCACUUCGGUUCGACGGCGCCUUAAACGUCGAUCUGACCGAAUUCCAGACCAAUCUAGUACCGUAUCCUAGAAUUCAUUUCCCCUUGGCGACCUACGCACCGGUGAUUUCAGCGGAGAAAGCCUAUCACGAGCAACUCUCGGUCCCUGAAAUUACAAACGCGUGUUUUGAACCAGCCAACCAAAUGGUAAAAUGCGAUCCACGUCACGGAAAAUAUAUGGCCUGUUGCUUGUUGUACAGGGGAGACGUGGUCCCUAAAGACGUCAACUCGGCCAUCGCGACUAUUAAGUCAAAAAGGACUAUUCAGUUCGUGGAUUGGUGCCCGACCGGAUUCAAGGUCGGAAUCAAUUACCAACCACCGACUGUCGUGCCUGGCGGUGAUCUCGCCAAAGUGCAAAGAGCUGUCUGCAUGCUGGCUAACACGACAGCCAUCGCCGAGGCUUGGGCAAGACUUGACCACAAAUUCGAUCUUAUGUAUGCCAAGCGUGCAUUUGUCCACUGGUACGUAGGUGAGGGCAUGGAAGAAGGAGAAUUCAGCGAAGCCCGUGAAGAUUUGGCCGCCCUCGAGAAGGACUACGAAGAAGUCGGAAUGGACUCGGUCGAAGCAGGAGAAGGAGAAGGAGGAGACGAAGCAUAAAUUACAACCCCUCUAAUACCAAAUAUUAUAUUAUAAAUGAGCAUGUGGCGAAAACACAAAUUGUCUUUUUUCCGUUUUAAAACACCCUAUUGGCCAAUUGCGUUUGAUUUGGAAACUGGCACGAAGGGCAAAACGUUUUAAACGGGCAAUUUUACAUUUCUGAUUCCGCAAAUUUAGUUGAAUUAAAAAAUUAUUCGUAAAAA